ACUAUGACACUUACACACACACACACACACACACGAGAACACACACAGACACACACAGAAACAGUGUUGACAGGAAGCUUUGCCACUCGCGUAUCGUAUAUACACUCACACACACGCCUACGCUCUACCUGAUGAAGCCUACAUGUCGACUCAUACGCAUUUCAGACCCAAGACGAACUUAUAAAAGAUGACAUGACUGUCCUGUAACUUUACCUUAUCAAGUAGAGAGCUUUUAAACAGCCUCGGACUUCUCUCUAGAACAAGGAAUUUAAACAUCAUGGCCGAUCACAGUUCCAUCCACACUUCUGAGUCUCCACCCUUCUCUGCCAUGUACCGCCCUCAAACACAAGGUCAAAGAUCAAAUUACAGCCUUUUUCCAGAUAGUUCUGUGAGCCGAAUAAAUAAUUAUGAAGAAAACCUUCUGAAUGACCCUGCUGACAACUAUACCAAUGCUGGAACAAACAUGAAUGGAGUUGGUGGGCAGAUGAACACAUCCUAUUGGGACAUGGAGUCAUUGAUCUCGUCUCAACCUAGUGCAUUUAACAGAACCAAAGGCCACAGUGAAGAAGAAUGGAAUUCCAGUUCACAGCAGCAAAAUGCAAUAGAGAGUUAUGGUACCGCAGGAGGAAAUCAUCAGAAACUUGACUCUUUCUCUGAUGCAUUUUAUCCCCAAAGCAUUUCUAGAAUUGACAACUGUGUUGAUCAGGGUGGAUACAAUAUUGAUCCCAACAACUCUCCCACCAUCCCACCUCUUCCCUCUCUCUCUUUUCCUCUGGUUCUGAGUCCUCCCCCUACUCCUCUUCCUCAGACAUCUCUCUCUCCUCCUAAACGGGGGCUGUAUCCACCUGCUGCACAGUCACUGAGCCAAACACAAUCGCAGUCCCCUUCUGAAAGUUCUUUGCGGUUCUUUCCACAACUUUCUUGUACCAGUUCCAUUCUUCCUGGGGGUUUCAUGCAGACUCAGUGGAUCUCAAAUUCCACUGACACCAAUGGGAAUGGAGACAUAACAAAGCACCUAACUCAAGACCCAGGUCCAUCUACAGGCUACCCAGAGGGGAUGGGGAUUAAUCUUAGACAACUGAGUGCUGAUGGAGACACAGUCUCUCUUCUGUCAGAUUGUUCUCUAGAUACUUCUCCAUGUUCACCUCUGGUGCAGCAUCCACCCCCACAAUCUGUUUCAAAACUUGAGAGGGAGCAUUGCCCUCUAACUUCAGAACAUCACAUGACAUGGUCCCAGAUGAUGCAGUCAUCUCAACCACUGUGCCCUCCAAUUCAUCACUUGAACACACAGGCAGAUGGAGUGAGGGUUCACGAGGACACAAAGCCCAUUGCAGCGUUCCAACUGCCACCAUUAUUAUGUUUGUCCAGCUCACAGAGUAAUCCCUUGACAGCCUACACUGGAGUUCCAUUCUACAGUGUCCUCCAUUCAAGAGCAAUAUGGGAAAAUCGGGAACACCUGACCAAUCACUACACUCCACUUCCCAUGCUGAAUCCCACUCGCAAUGGAACUGGGCUAUACAGUAACCUUUUAUCUCUAUUGAACUACCAGGGACAUUGGCCAGAGGAAACAGGACAUCAGGCUAAUCAGGGGCAAGUGAAUAUAGGGCCAGAAUUUCAGGCUCAGAUACCUGAUCUCCUUGAGCAGGAAGAGGCAGAGUUGUGGUCUGAGGAACCCCUUCAAGAGGAGUUACUUUGGAAACCAUGGGCAGAAUUAGAGGGGAAUGAUAGACUACUAGAACAGGUGGAGAAUCUUCUGGAUCUCAGUACAUCUACUGCGUUACCUGAAGGUGUUGCUAAUCUGGAGCUUGCUCUUCAUAGCUUGUCCUUAUGCCAAGGAAAUGUAUUGGCUGCUUUGGAGAUGAUGUUUUUCUCAAACUCAAAGCCAUCUAGAGAAUACCAUUAUUCUGGCAGUGACAUUUGGCAGCUGAGUGAACAAAAGCUGUUCCAUAAGGCCUUUGCCAUGUAUGGAAAAGACUUCUCAUUCAUUCACAAAAUGGUGCAGACAAAGGGAGUGUCACAGUGUGUGGAAUUCUACUAUCACUCCAAACGGCUCAAAGAGAAACAGAGGAAGCUAGAGGAGAAAGAAGCACAACAACAACAACAACAACAACAACAACAGCAACAAGUGGCUGCAGAAACACUUACCCCAACUAACCAGGUCAUGGUGAUGAACCCUAUUAAUGUUGACAGACUAAUUCAUACACCUGCACUGCCUCCAAGCUUCCCCUGCAAACAAUGUGGAAAGAUGUUCUACAAGAUCAAAAGUAGAAAUGCUCACAUGAAGAUCCAUCGUCAGCAGCAAGAGGACUGGAGGGAGAGAAUCCAUCCAAACAGUCACCUUAGCCUGAGCCAGGCCCUGCAGAACCAAAACCGAACCCUGACUAACUCAAACCAGCUUGUUUCACAUAGUCACCCAAAUCAGUUAUUAACCCAAAGCCUGAUCCAGAACCUGGUGCAGUCUCAGGCUCAGCUCGCUUUUAUCCAGAGCAGCAAGACUCAAAGUCCUUGUUUCACUGCUGCCAUCAGCAGAACAAAUUCCAGAGAAAGUCCACAGAUGACUCCCAAAGCCCCAGCUCUACCACUUUACAGGGGCCCCAACAGACAUGGGGUGCUAUGCAUGGUAGCUUGGAGUCUGGUCUGUAUUAUGACUAAUAGAGAAGCACAAAUUGGAAUUCAGGUUUAACUUCUUACCUACAUUCCAAUCAUUUCCCUUCUCCAUUUUAGAAACAAUAAAACUGACAUGUAGCUUAAAUUUGUACAUAAAUGAAUUUAUAACUAUGUUCAUUAAAUCUUUUUCCUGAAUUUACAUACAUGGUGUUUAAAUGUU